AUGGCGGAAAUUCAUGAUGUCAAACCAGUUGUCGAACAUGUCAGUCAGAGCCCAACCGUCGACAAUGAUGACGAUCACGACGACAAAGAGAAGUUCGGCCUUCACGAGGUCACUGUGGAGGGCUCCGAGGCGCUCAAAGCCGCAAUCGAGAAAGAACCUCCGCAGAAAUGGCACCGACGUUCACUGCAGCUCUAUGCUUGCGUUGGCGUUGCUUUUCUUGUUUCAACCAUCCAAGGUUACGAUGGCAGUUUGAUGGGCAAUAUGCUUGUCAUGCCAGCCUUCCAGAAAGAGUUCGGUGCGUCCAUCGUGGGCAUCAAGGCAGGCUAUAUUUCCGCCAUGAUUACGAUUGGCGGUGCAUCUGCUCUUCCAUUUGUUGGACCAGCAAUUGAUACCUGGGGCCGUCGUGUCGGCAUGGCCAUUGGCUGCUUCUUGGUCAGUGCCGGUGCUAUCAUUGAAGGAACAUCCGGAAUAUCAGGCUCCCUAGGCCAGUAUCUUGCCGGGCGUUUCUUGAUCGGCUUUGGAAACAGCAUUGCAGCUUCCGCGGCGCCAAUCUACGUCGUCGAGCUCGCGCAUCCAGCCUACCGUGGACCCUUGACUGGCCUAUACAAUACCCUCUGGAAUGUGGGUGGAAUCCUUGCUGCCGCUACCCUCCGAGCUGGUCAGAAUUAUGAAGGAAAUAAGGCCUGGCUCAUCCCAACUUGGGUUCAGCUGCUCAUGCCAGGAAUUGUUCUCUGCGCCGUCUUUUUCCUCCCCGAGUCUCCACGUUGGCUCUAUAGCAGAGGGCACACCGAGAAAGCGUCUGCUAUUAUCGCCAAAUAUCACGGUCUUGACAAUCCAGAUUCGGUUUAUCUGAGUCUCCAGUUGAAGGAGUACGCUGCCGGCCUCAAGACCGAUGGUGCGGAUAAGCGCUGGUGGGACUAUCGCUCCCUCUUCCGGGACCGUGCCUCGCGCUAUCGAGUGAUGUGCAACUUGAUGGUGGCUGUUUGGUCCCAGUGGUGCGGCGUUGGCUUCACUGGAUACUUCAUGCCUGCGUUCCUCAAGACUGCCGGCGUCACCGAUCCGAUUACUAUCCUCAACAUCAACCUGGGUACCUCUUUUGUCGGUGUGUUCGUAUCCAUGACUGGUGCCUCCUUGGUGGAGAGAAUCGGCCGCCGGAGGCUAUUCUACCGAAUUCUGCUCAUCAUCGCCUUCUGGUGGGUCAUUAUCACGAUCGCCGCUGCUAUCUACAGCGAGACUGGCAGCAAGGGAGCGGGCUAUGCCGCAAUUCUGUUCGUCAACAUUUUCGGAGUUACCUAUGCAUUUGGAAUCACACCACUGCAAUCUCUCUAUCCUGUUGAGGUACUCAGCUACGAGCAGCGUGCUAAAGGCAUGGCAUUCUCUGGUCUCAUUCUCAACGCGGCCAUCAUGGUCAACCAAUUUGGCAUGCCAGUCGCUAUUCAGGUACUUGAUUGGAAGCUCUACUUUAUCUUCAUUGCCUGGUGUCUCGUUGAAGCUGCUACCGUGUUCCUUUUCAUGGUUGAAACAAAGGGGCGCACUUUGGAGGAGUUGGAUGAAAUCUUUGAAGCACCGAACCCCCGAAAGGCGUCUACACAGAAGAAAAGAGUUAUGUUGGAUGGGACUUCAAAUGUCCUGAACGUUGAGGCCGUUUCGUAA